CACGCUCUGCUAAAAAUCUUUUUAUUUUUCAAUUUUACUAAAUUCCCCCAUGGCAACAGUCAAUUCGAGUUCACAUGAAUGAAAGCAAUUUGUUUUCACACAUCGUUCGCAAAUGUCGCACGCAAAUCAAUAUCAACGAAAAAGCUCUAGGCCGAUGGCCAGGAUCGUUGAUUAAGGAUCCAGUAUUCUUCAAUCCAGCAGUAUUCUUUACCAAAUUAUGGAUUACUGUUGCUAAUGGGAAGCCUUGAAUGCAAGCAUUGAUUUUUACUUUGUAGAUCUUAAAUCUUUGAUCGUGCCCUUCAACGACCUAAUUAUCACUUGUCCUAGUUGAUGAAAAUCCUCUUAAUGCAAUAGAUAAUUUCGUAAACAACCAUUAAACGCAUAAUCCGCAUCUUUAAACUUGUAUUUUCUCCUUUAAUGCUUAUAGCAGUAAAACGUUGCACUGAUAUGCUCCAGAGGAUGCGAUAAUCAUGUAGAACAUUGUCCUCAAACUCUUGCAAGUGCUUUUCCGUUAUCUACUGUAAAUCGGACCCGAUGGAAGAAAUCGCCGUUCCCGUUCAGACGUGUCGAAUUUCGUGUGGAUCUCGUUUUAAGAAAAGAGCCGAUAAGGAAAGAUUACAAACUGGAGGUUUCUCCGCUUUGUAUAUCUUCACGACCCUGACAUUAAUAGUUUGAGAUUUUGUUCAUACAGUAAAAUAAUAAUCUUCCAUGACAUUUUAGACUUUCUAACAUAAUGUUAAAAUGGGCGUGAUCAAAAUUCUUUCUUAUUUGUUGUGUGUGAAAGCUUUCCCCCUCACUAACAACAAACGGUUUUUACUCACUCAAGAGUGAAACUCUUUCAAGCUCAGGCACGAGCACGAACUAUUUGAGAAAUGCCGCCGCCCAACGGAAAGCUCAACAACAACGACGAGUCCGGGCAGGUUGGGCCCAAUUGUGAUAGAUUGUGGACGCCUGAAUGAUUACUUCACUAUAUUUCAUAAAAUGUGAGUAAUCACGCCUCUGGUGAAUUUCCCAAACUUAAAUAAAAUUACUAAUUUUGUAUGUGCCUAUUCUCUGUAAUAUGAGACAUCAAGACAGGCAAAGUAUGUCAAAUACCUUGACUGACACACACCUUGAUAUGCACAGCUGCUAGAGAAAUUACUGUAACUCAAUCUAGAGUUUCCUGUACAUAACAGAACUACUUACAGUAGUAAUACGAUACAAGGCGUGCAUUUCAACGGACUUGAACGUACUCUAUUCACGAUCGAGUCGGAACAGACAAGACGUGUUCGAACAUGUUUCUAGCGUUCGCAAUAACGCCCUAGGCCUUGGGAAUAUACUUCUAGCAGACGAUUCUGGCAUUUCAAUUCAGUCGACUUUAUCCUAUCAACAACCCUAGUCAUUCCAUUUUGUCCGUCCUGUUUUGUUUUUUUCCUACAAGUUUGUUUACCAAGUGUUUAAAAUUGCUAAAAAUAUGGAUACCCACUCUGUGAUGAUAUGUGAUGGAGUUCAAAUGGAAGAACCGGCGCGUAAACGUUUCUGCCCAGAUUUCCUGUCGACCGGGUCUGGUUCAUCUUCAUGUGAUGGUGUAAAUGUAAAUGAUGAUGAUGACGAUGAUAAAGAAUCUGUUUAUUCUUGGCAGAGCUAUGAAACAGCUUGGGCAGCUGAUUCUGUUGACGACUGGAGUUUAUCAGAUCCUGAUGAAGUGGAUUCCCUUACAGAAUUUGAAAUUGUUGACGAAGAUAGUACAGAUCUAGAAUCUCAAAGCAGUGACUCUUCUUCUUCUCUUGAAAUUACGAAUGUUCAUUUUCCUGAAGGCCUUUUGCCAGCCCCACUAGCCGACAGUAGUUCUUCUUUUACCGACGAGUCCGGUUGGGACGAUCCUAACGGUGAAACGGAUAGUAACUUCGACAACUCUCAAUCGCAAACCAGUUGGAAAUGUCUUAAAUGCAGAGCACCAACUUCAGCCCCACGCAAUUUCUGCUUCACUUGCUAUCAGAAGCGGAAAUCAAGUCGACCACCACGUCCAGUAAGAAGGUCUAAAAAGCCUGGGAGAACCAAACCAUCUGGCACUUCUCUAGACACUGACUGUGCGAUGCUGAUAUCUGCACCUGGCACUUCAAAUGAUAACAACAUGUGCACAGUGUGUCACGUCGGAAUUCGGGAUGGUGCCUUCGUUCACAGAAAAACAGCUCAUGUGGCAGCUUGUUAUGCGUGUACUUUGAAAAUCUCAAGAAAACCUAACGCAAAGUGUCCUAUUUGCCGUCAGUCGAUUCAAAACACUAUAAAGAUUUUCUUUAAUUAAAAAAUCAACACUUCUCACGUUAUUUUUAAACUCGAUUCAUUUCUUAGAAAAAAAAACCAUGGAAAUAUAAAAAUACAUUCAGUUAAUAUCCUCAUAA